AUGAGAAACAUUGUAUUCGCUUUUGUGUUUGUUGUCUUGUUUAGUUUUGUUAAAGCAGAUGUGCCAUCUCCAUCUCACAACUAUAAUGUGACAUUGCCAGAGCCAAAUGCACCUUACGUAGCUGGACAAAUGCUCCCUAUCAGUUACACGCUGCCUGAUGAUACUAAUUUACCUAAUCUACUAUCCUUGUCAGUGCUUUUCACUACCCAGGAUCCCUCUCUCAACUUUACAGGUAUUGUGAUUACUUCAAAUGCGGAUAUCUCUCAAGGCUUUAGUUUCAGACGAACACACAAUACAAUGGUUUACUUUGAGCAUCAACUAAGUUAUGCCAUACCAAACAACACAUUGCCUGGCAACUAUAUUGUAUUAUUUGUAGAUUCCAUCUCGAAAUCCAACACAUCUGUACCUAUCCUAGUUCGACCCUAUGCAGCCCCAGUUACUACACUGCCUACAAACCCCAAUAGAGCACAUCCUUCCAAUGGUGGGUCUAUAUUUGCUUACCACAGCAAUGAUGCUAAAGCGAAACAUCGCAGAAACUGGACACUAGCCAGCAGUUCAUUGGGCCUUUUGUUGAUUGCAUUUAGUGCACUGUAA